AUGACCAAGGGAACGCAAUCCUUCGGUAAACGACACGGAAAGAGUCACGGUCUCUGCCGUCGAUGCGGUAACCGCUCAUACCACCUGCAAAAGGCAACCUGCGCAUCAUGUGGAUACCCAGCUGCCAAGACUCGCAAGUACGAGUGGUCUGAGAAGGCAAAGCGACGCAAGACAACCGGCACCGGCCGUAUGUCACACCUCACAAAAGUCCACCGACGAUUCGCCCAUGGAUUCCGUACAGGUGUUGCUGUACGCAAGACGGCGGCUGCUUCUGCUUAG